GUUCACUUGACAUCACCGGCAGCAACACCGUCCUCUGACUUCUUGACCCCUUAAACUAGAUUAAUUGAAUCCGCGAAAAACUCCGAAUCUCACACACUCGCGCCAAAAUGACGGCGCUCUUCAACUUCCAAUCCCUCCUCCUUGUAAUUCUCCUCACCAUCUGCACCGCCACGUACGCGCACUACGUCUUCCCCGGCAUCAUCGACCGCAACAAGGAGAACUACUUUGUCAGCCCCAUAUGGAAGGCCGCCAGGGUCGGUGAGAGGCUGAGUCCCUAUGUCAGUCUGGCAUGUGUGGUUAUGGCGGCGCUUACGUUCAUGGGAUGAGCGACUGCUGAGACUUAAUGUUGAUGGGCGACAACGAUGCAUGAGCUACCAGGCGGUUUGGUAAGGGCAGGCGCGGCACAAUGGUAAUGGGCCCUUGGGAACUCCGGAGAACGACUCCAACUGUGAUGCAUGAACGGUGUGACUGCAAAGACACAGGAGACCGCGGAAAAGCUGCAGGUCGGGUAUGCACGCCUACGAGCCCUGCAUAGAGACCUCGCGCUUGCACAGAACGUUACUCAUGUCAAAUGAACUCAUGGAACACAAUCAAGAUUUGAGGAUUCGCGUC